AAUGGACAGAAACCUAAAUGCUGAUCUAGAAUUAGAGAAACGUAGUAGCUCUGGGCAGAAGCUCAGGAGAAAAGUACCCCUAAUCAACCAAAUAAUUAGUAAGAGAAGGCCCACUAUGCAUGCUCAUAACACAAAUAUGAUCUUUGGAAUGAAAAAUAGGGUUAAAACUCAUCAUGAAAUCGGUAAUUUCAGACACAGUGAGGUCCAACAGCCUCUUCAAAAAUAAAGUAGUGUGCUUUGACCUCAGUCCUGACUGAAGUGGAGCUUCAAACCCAUCUCGAAAGCAGAGUCCCACGUUGGCCCAGAUGAAUAGACAUAAGAUUAGAGUCGGAGCUUUCAGCUCCUCCUUCCCUCAACAUCAUAAGCGGAAAAAGAUUAGUUUAGAUAUGAAAAAUAGGACACGGAAGAAUCAUAAGAUUGAUAAAAAUGAGAGUAAUCUCUCAAAAUUAUUUAACCUGAUGCCUGGGUUCAGUUACAAAGAUUUCGAUGAAAUUAAGCACUUUGAGGACACCACAAUGUUCACUAAGAAGGACAAAUAAGCCAAAUUGGAGGCUAAUCCGCCAAUUCGUACAUCGGGUUUUUGACUGUGAUGAGACCAAGAAGUUGAUCAAAUAAACUUAAGUCUAUGAAAGAUAAAUAAGGAAGGUGGUAUCAAGAACAACGAGCUCUCUGACAAACUCGAUGAAGGGCUUGGAAAACCUCUCCAUAUCCAGCUCCAAGAGAAAAAGCUGAGAAAGCAUAAUUUGAGCGUUGAAGAGAACAAAAUUCUUAACCUCCGGGACGACUUUGAUAAGCUCAAAGCCCAAGAGGAUAAAUGGUGGAAGUGGGUGAAAAGUAUGAAGAAGCAUACCCAGAGCAAAUCUCUCAGUCGCAGUAGCGAGUUUUCCCAAAGUUUAAAGACAAAAACAGCAUGAAAGACUCCAGUGGAGCCUGUACAGAAUAUUAAAUUGAUGAAAAUCCCUGAAAAUGCAUCUGGAACCUCAUCUACGUUUAAAAUUAAACCAGUGAGCACUAAGCUUGGGGAACAAAGGUCAAGAGUGAAUCAUUCAAGAUUGCAUUCUUACAAUAAGUACGAUAUCAACCACAAAUAUCUCAAGCUUACAGAUUAUGAGAGGAAUCAGUCUCCAGUUUUGGCCUUCCAGGUCCCUUUUAUCAUGCAGAAGUCACUGAAGAUGAUCAGGAAUGAUUAUGUUAUGCGAUCAGUUAAUUUUAAAACUCAGAAGGUUGAAAAUAAGCAUAAAAUCGAAAUAAUUGACAGCAUUUGUCACCAACUUGAUGAAAUAGAAUUUGAGCUCCAGGACAAUCAGAUUGUGAUGAACAAAGGCAUAGACAUCCUUGAGUCACCAUUACUGGUGAGGCUGUUCCACUCAGAUUUCAAGGUUAUCCAAAUUCUUAAUUCUUUAAAGUCAUUUUUCAAGCAAGUUCAAAUAAAACAGCCGUACGAGCAUGCAAAAUCUGUUGACCAAACCAAGCAGAGAACUCCGAGUCUCUUUAAUCUGAGGAAUUCGAGCCUUGUAGAUAUUGACCAGCUUCGUAGACGCAAGAAAAAAGAGGACCAAAUCCGACCUCUUUUUGAGCGAGACAAGAAUACUAGUAGUUCAGAAAUCCGUGCGAAGUUGGAAAAUAUGAUCUCUAGAGCCCACCAAUCUCGAAGUGUUGAGAAAUCACUUUCAAAGCGGAAGCGGUCUGCCUUGUCUAAUUCCCCCACUUUUACCAGGAACAUGCAUCGGAGAUCAACUAGAAUGAACUAUUCCCAAGUGCUGACUAGUGGGAAUAAGAGGUUUAAGUUAUAA